AUGGCCGAAGACUCAGGGGACACAUCGAACGAGGAUACGUCCGACACGCCUUCAUUUAUCGUCUUAGGCGGCCGGUCUCUUACAUCCGCCUCCACCCCAGAGUCCGGCAUCUUUGUUCCUGCCAUGUCAGAGGAGAUGGAUAUGGAUGGUGAUCUUCUGCUGCAAGUAGGGACACCCAUAGGAGCCCCAGACCCAAACUACGUCGCAACUGCUGUCUUCAGGGUCUGCUCGAGGACUUUGUCCCGUGCCUCGCCCGCGUGGAAGCGGAUGCUGUACGGUGGCUUCAAGGAAUCCAGUGGCCGUCGGGAAUCCAGAGAAUGGAAGGUAGACCUGCCAGCCGACGACCCGGCCUCGUUGGCGCUGCUCCUGAAUAUCAUGCACGGCAGGUUCGACAAGGUUCCCCUCAGUCUCUCCGAGGAAGAGUUGUACGAGGUCUCAGUACUCUCUGACAAGUACAACCUUGCACACUUCCUCCGGCCGUGGGCGCCCGGCUGGGCCAAGUACGCCUUCACCGCUCUGAAAACCCAGAAAGAUGGGCAGGACGCCGACCCUUUUGAAUCUUGGCGUGUUGAAGCCCUGCUGUGGGCCGCUUGGGAGAUGGGCGACGACGCCGCCUUUCGUACAGCUGCGAGGAAACUAGCUUUAAGGGCUUCCGUCAACGAUGAGGGAGAGCUGGUCGACGGGGACCUGCAGACGGACGGGAUGAGCCCUUUAUUCGAAAGCCAGAUGGAACCACCUUCGAUGGCAGAGAAGAUCAAGUUCACCCGUGCGAGGAUGUUGACCGCCUUGAAAGACAUAUAUGGCAAGUUCUGGGACGGUCUCAUGGCGGAUCAAAGAGGUGCUCCCAUCUGUUGUGUCUCGCACCGCGACCAUGAACGAGCGCUUUGCCAUUCCACCCUGUUAGGGUCGAUGCUCCGGUCCCUCAACAGCAAUGGACUGUUGCCUUUUCCCUCGGCCGAAGACUUCUCCGGCAACGUGUCUGCUCUGCUCAAGACGUUCAAGAAUGUUGCGCUGCUCUCUCUCCCGCAGCACAGGAGUUCCUGCGGCCUGGCGUCAACGUGGCAGUGGGCCAUUGACAACGCCAUCAAGGACAUCGUUGUUGAGUUGGAUGACUCGCAAGUUCGUCAUUUGCAGGCCCAACGCAAGAAAACAGGCCUAUAA